AUGAAUUCCGAUGUCAAGCCACCGCAGAACAAGAAGAAAACGAAUCCAACUCCUCCACCGUCGCUUUUGUCGCUUCCACAAGAAAUCAUCGUAAACUGCUUAGCACGAAUAUCAAAGUCGUACUACCCGAAACUCUCCCUAGUCUGCAAGACCUUGUGCUCUCUGCUCUUAUCCAUGGACCUCUACGUGGCGCGAUUUCACCUUGGAACCCACGAAAACGUCCUUCAUGUCUGCUUAAAGUUGCCCAUUAGCCGCGUUCCCUCUUGGUUUGCUCUCUGGUUAAAACCUGAUCAAACCCUAACCAACGACAUCGGGAAGAAGAAGAAGUCUAGCGGAAACACUUUGUUGGUACCAAUACCUUCUUCCUAUUCUCCUCGUGUGCCAAUGUUCACAUGUGUGGUCGGUUCAGAGUUAUACGCUAUCAGCAAAUGUAAUGCUACUCCAUCUUCCGUCAUGUGGGUCCGUUCUAAGAGUGAUUACGCGUGGCGUAAAGCACCUAGCAUGAUGGUAGCUCGAGCAAAUGCCUUUGCGUGCGUCUUUGAUGACAAAAUAUAUAUAAUGGGAGGUUGUUCUGCAGAUGAAUCCACGAAUUGGGCUGAGGUUUUCGAUCCAAAGACUCAAACUUGGGAACCAUUAACUGACCCUGGAGCCGAGCUACGUGUAUCUUCAAUUACGAAAGUGGAAGUGAUCCAAGAAAAGAUUUACGUAAAGGUCAUUGGGGUGAUGGAAUAUGUUUACGAUCCAAAAGAAAGUAAAUGGGACGUUCCGAAAAAAGUGUUUGUGAUUAAGAGUAAGUGUGCGAUAGAGAAUGUAUGGUACGAAUGUGGUAGACAAAGUUGCUUGUGGUAUGACACAAAUCAUGAUGAAUGGAAAGUGGUCAAAGGUUUGGCUGCUUUGAAUGGGAAUCGUCGUUGUGAUUUUGUUGAAAUAGCUAAUUACGGUGGGAAACUCUUGAUCUUGUGGGAAAAGUUUGCGCCGCCUCGUCGCCAAAACAAGAAUAUUUGGUGCGCGGUGGUUGCGCUUGAAAGGCGCAGCAACGGUGAUGAAGUUUGGGGAAAGGUUGAGUGGGCUAGUUCUGUGCUUACUGUUCCUAACUCAUAUGUUUUCUUGCGUUGUGAAGUGAAACCGGUUUGA